GUCAUUCCCCAAGCCGGGUCCCUUCAAGCGGGCCGCUACAUCUGCUACUCGGAGGAGCAAGGCGUGAAGUUCCAGACAGAAAGGUACCAGGUUGCGGUGGUAGCCAGCGCACCGGUCUUCAUGGAGGCGCGCGCUCCGGAUGGCAGCAUGAGUUUGUUCUGGGUCCUGGUGAUCACUUUGGGUGCUGCUUGUCUGUUGCUGCUCAUUGCAUCUUUGUAUCUUCGUAGACGAUUGAAGUUGGCGCUGGGAAAAGGUGCAGAAAUGAAGCCACUGGAGAGCACUUUGGUGUACCCCAUUACGAUGCCCAAAGAGCCUCCAAGUCAGCCAUCAUUUGUGCCGAGCAAGAUGCCAAACGAUGAAGAUCGCUUUUGGGAAACGGGGGCGAAUUAUUACUACUCCGACGGCUCCCUAAAAAUCGUGCCUGGGCAUGCAUUGUGCUCCACCGGAAGCUCGGCAUCGCCGAGUGCAAUUCCCGGUCAGCCUAUUCACUCUCCAAGCCGAUUGAGCCUCACCAACAUCCGGAGCUCAAGCGCCAACGGAUACAUCCGGCUCAAUCUGAGCACGGCCGGAGAGGAGCGAUCCGGCAUGGGAGUGGGAAUGGGAAUCGGAAUGGGCGGCCGAGAUAGCGACUACUCCAGUCCAUUCAAAGAAGAGCUCCGGAAAACUCUGCAGCAGAGGAGCGUGCUUCCCGACGCCAAUCCCGAGGAGUCUUCUGUGUAAACCCCGCAGGAAAACGACAGAAAACCUCACCUACCUCCCUCCCGCUUUGGGAACUCUCUUCAUCCGCAAACUCUUUCUUCUCUGUCAGCACUUCCAUCUCACGAGGCCAUCGUGCUUCACGACGUUCCCUUGGAUUAUCAACACUCAACCAAGCUUUUGUAGAUGUCUGCAUUUAAAGGACCAGAGCAUGGCCUCGUGUUGAUCUUGGCUGGACGCAGGUACCAGAUGUAGCUUUCAGUCCGAUCUGACACCAGAUCCCAAUCAUCUGGCAAGCUGCAAGAGGAUGGAGAGUUUAUUUCGAGGUCUUGAGGUCGCUUGCCUCCGACAUGUUUUUUGCACCCUUUGAGAGAAGAGACGAGGACAUGCAUAAACUUAAAUCAAAGCUUGAUGACAAUCACGCUCGAGGAGAGUAGAAAUUAUUAAAGACGAGAGAGUGAGCUGUAAAACCGAAACAAGACUUGAAUAAUGAACAAAUGCUUUGCCUUUAUUUCUUCACAGCUCAGUGACUUUUUUAAACAUUGUCUUUUUUCUGAGACUUGCAGCACUAAUGUAUAGUGAGGUUUUUCCAUGUCUGUUUAUUGCAAGGAUUUCUUCUUCUUCUUCUUUUACGAUUGAUAGUCUCAUCUGAAAUGUGAAAGGAGUACGAGUGCUAGUAGCAUGCAACAGAAUGUUGUACUAAGACUGUGUCGGAUGCGACAGCAAGUGCAUUAUUGUAGAUAUUUGGCUUGAACUGCCAAAUGAAGUACAACCCCAGGGUUUGCCUACAUGAUAAAGCAGGUCAAUGGAGCCACAUGAUGGAGUAAAGAUGGUUUAGAAGACUCCGCUCGUGUAAUGAAGCCGAACUGUUCUGCAUGAAAGGGAUUCUUUACUGACUACAAGGAGCUGGACUUUCUGAAGAAGUCCAGAGUGAAUGCUACGGCUGAUCAGACACAGUGUGGGCUUUGCAACUCUUAAAGACUAAACACAAAAACGGAAGGACGUUUGAUUCCGUUGACUCUGAUUGUGAAGACAAAAGAUUUUUGGGGUUUUUUUCAUAACCCUUCGGGUGGAGAGGCACUGCGAUGCUCAUCACGGAUCCAUACUUUGCUGCAUGAUGUUCUGCUAAAUAUAUCGUAUCAGAUUCAACAACAAACCAAUAGUCUCGUAUAUUUCAAGAAAGGAAGAAAAACAACCAGUUUUUGUACCUGUGCCUCUUCACCUCAGGUGAAGCCAAAGCAGACUGCACACAUGUUUCUUCUGUUUUACGUUUCUUUUUAUUCUCUAUUUUAUGUUCUUGAAUGUGUCCAUUGCACAGAGCUCAAGUGUUGUCUGAAAUCUUUGUUACUCUUGUUUCGGGGGAAUGCUAUUCUUUGUGGCAUGAGAGCUUUACGAUUUUCUCAAGCGGCUUUCCAUUCUGUCAUUGGCUCUUUACUAGUCUACGAUCUACUGCAUACGAGGGAAGUUUACACCUGUCAGAAAAGAUCUUUGUGUUAAAAUAGCCUCAAGAGAUGUCAGAUUAACAAGGACCCAGUCCUUUCUGCCAGGACUUCUCAGGGUGGGCUUCUAACUUAAUUUCACUGUUUGCUGUCUAAUGACUUAAAGUCAGAUAUAAUUUCACUAGAAGUGUUGCAUAUGCUUGUCUGCAUCAUGCAUGGCUUGACCAGUGUUUACUGCUUGAUUAGAAACACAAAAAUAAAAUACGGUCACCGCAGUUCAUUUUAACUCAUAUGGCUUUAAACCUGCUGUUACUUUGUGAGUUUUUGUAUUACGGAAAUCUCUUUUCUUGCAAUCCAAGAUAACUUAAAAAAAUGUGUUUUUUUUUUUUGGUAACUAAUUAACUUAUUUUGCUUGUAUAAAAAGUUGAUAUUUAUUACCAUUGUACAUAUGCCCUUAUUUUUUAUAAAUGUGUAUAACAACAGAAAAUAAAAGCAGAUGUCAGUUCACAGCGAGUAGAUUGUGUAUGAUUAUUUAAAUGUGUUUAGACUUUAAAAUGCCAUUGAAAUGUCAGGUGUUUAUGCAGAAUGUCUAUGUAGUGCUUUUCAUCCUGCUUCCGCAAAAAAAAAUAUAUAUAU